AUGGACUUCCAGCUGCGGCCCCUGGCGGAGGUUCCGGAGGCUUGCGCUUGCUCCUAUGAUGAGAUGCACUUGCUCGCGGAGGCGCAGCACCCCGACCCCAAGCACGUGCUCGGAGUACAGGUCAUGGACCAGUACGUGGUGCUGCGCUGCUGGGUGGCAGGAGCUGAGGAAGUCGCUGUGAUCAACCAGCAGGACAUCUUCCUUCCUGAGAGCCCGGAUGCCCGAGAAGACCCGCCUGCGCAGGUGCCUCUGUUCCCUGUGGAGCAUUGUCCCGAAGAAUGCCCAUGGCUUUUCGAGCGCGCCUUCUCCUAUGAAGGGAAAGAGGACAAAUCUCAGCUGCAGCGAUGGAGCUACGAGAUUUGCGUCCAGUACAGUGGCGGAGCCACGAGUGUUCUGACCUACCCACAUUCCCUAGGAUCUCUGCUACCUGAGAACUUCCUCACGGGCUGGGCACAUGGCAUGACGGAGACCCCGCCGGCGGCCAUGUUCGGAGCACAUCAUAUGGAAUUGCACACUUACAAGACAGGCUUGUGGGGCACUCGCUUUGCGGUCUGGGCGCCCCGUGCGCAUUCGGUGAGCGUGGUGGGGGACUUCAACUACUGGGACUGCCGGGCGCAUCCCAUGUGCUCUCGGGGGAAGUACGGCGUCUGGGAGAUCUUCCUGCCCCGCUGGGACCUGCGAGGCCAGAAGUAUGCCUACCACAUCAUGACCGAGACACUCAAGAAGGUCAUCAAGGUAGAUCCCUAUGCCCUGGAGUUUGUGGAGCCCUCUGCUGGCCACGAUGCCGUGGUCCCGGAGUGCGACGAUUACGGCCGCACGGCCUGGAAGGGCAGCUUCCCGUGGACCGAUGAGGACUGGCUGGCCACACGCCUCGCCAAGUUCGGUGGGGAUUGGAGCGCGCAGCCCUUGUCCAUCUAUGAGGUCCACCUGGGCAGCUGGAUGCAUGCCAAGAACUACCGAGACAUCGCGGAGCCUUUGGUGGCGCACGUCACGGAGAUGGGCUUUACCGCGGUGGAGUUCCUGCCAGUUUCUCAGUAUCCGUGUGACAAGUCUUGGGGUUACCAAUGCGCUGCGGGCCUCUAUGCCGUGGACCGUCGCCUUGGCUCUGCGGACGACUUUCGUUUCCUCGUGGACACCCUGCACAACCACGGCAUCGCGGUGUUCAUGGACUUCGUAGGGGCCCACUUCGCCAAUGACGAGUGGGGCUUGGCGGAGUACAGUGGUGUGCCGCAGUACGAGUACGAAGGAAGCUUGGGGCAAAUCCCUGGAUGGGGCACGGCGCGCUUCAACUAUGCGAAGCCGGAAGUGCAGGCAUACUUGCUCGGCGCCGCACACCAUUGGAUUGACCAGUUCCACGUUGACGGGCUACGGAUUGAUGCGGUCGCGGCCAUCAUCUACGGGAACUUUGGGCGGGAAGAGGAUGGCGAUGAGAUCAUGGCUGGCAAGGGCAAGCUGAACGAGCACGGGGUGGCGCUGCUGAAGCGCCUCUGCGUGGAGGUCAGGAGUCGGCACCCGGGGGUGCUGCUCUCUGCGGAGGAGUCCACAAACUUCCGCUGGGUGACGGACCGUCAAGUCGAGAACGGCACAGAGCGACAGCGUGAAGACAUCCGGGAUUUGGGCUUCCACCUGAAAUGGAACAUGGGCUUCGCCCAUGACACUUUGUCCAUGUUCAGCUCCAAGUUCCGGGAGAGGCCCCAGCUGGAGACCUUCGGCUGGCGGAAGCUGGCUUGGUUCCUCUGCUACGCCUUCAACGAAAGGUGGAUCCUCCCUUUCUCCCACGACAACGUUCAGAAGAAGAGCCUGGUUGACCAAAUGGCAGCGGAUAAGGUGCUGGGCACUGAGGGCAAGUACGCCCAGCUGCGAGUGCUGUUCAUGUACACCAUUGGCAUGCUCGGCCGGCCGCUGCUGUUCAUGGGCUCUGAGAUCGGUGAGUCCUGGUCGUAUGACGAGCCCAUCGACUGGGAGGGCGCCAGCGAGGACCCGCAGAAGCAGCAGCUGAAGCGGUGGAUCGCGAAGCUGCUGAAGCUGUACCGUGAACUGCCAUGCCUGCACCGCCAAGAUGACCGUGCGGAUGGCUUUCAUUGGCUGGACAAGGACGAGGGGAGUAAGUGCGUCUACUGCUGGAAGCGGAUGGCCAAGAACGAGCAUGAGGCCAUCAUCAUUGUGAAUGCCUCGAAUGAGCACAUCACUCAAUACCAUGUGAACUGCGGCGAAAGCGUAGGAGCUUGGGAGUGCAUAGCUGCGACCUCUAUGGAGGCAGAAUGCUUCACACCUCGCACGGAGCGGGUGACGCUUGGUCGAGGCCGCUUUACAACAGAGCUACCACCAGUCUCGGCGCAGCUAUGGGUGCCGAGGGGUGGCAGACUGGAUCCGGUUCUCAUUCACUUCGACGUGACGCACGAGGACACGCAGCAUGGAGAUUCCCUGCGUAUUGUUGGGAAUUGCCCGGAGCUUGGCAACUGGGUGCCGGAGGAAGGUGCAAAGCUGCGAACCAAUAGCAGCAACUUUCCUGUGUGGCGCGGAAGUGUCAAGGUGCCGCGCGACCUCAGCACUUUGGAAUUCAAAUUCGUCACGGUUUCGCCUGACCAUGACCCCGACUGGGAGCCCAUCUACUUCAAUCGCAGUCUCGUGUUCAGCGGCGCCAAAGAGGAGCAUGUGGAUGUUGAGUGGGGCGAAGCUUGA